AUGCAAUUCACCCUCCUGGCAGUCCUGACCGCGGCCACUCUGGCCUUGGCCAACCCAACUCCGCCCAAGUGCGGCACCUGCAACCCUAUUUCGGGCCAGAACAGCUGUGACAUCACCACCUCGUGCAUCAACACGGGCUCGACCUUCCACUGCGCCUGCCGUGCCGGUUACAAGGCUUCCGAGGCCAACAAUAAUAUCCACUCGCAGUUCCGUCUGCCCAUGCCCAACUACGAGUUCCUCGUCUUUGUCCCGGAGAACACCGUGUGCAAUACGCUCUGUGAUAACCCUUAUGCUACUCCCUCGGAGCUGUGCAAUGAGGUGCACCUGUAUGAGAACUGUGCUGUUUAA